AAGAUUUUUUGUCCACCCGUUAUUUCUUUUUGUAAAAUGAUGAAAAAAGUUGAAUUUAAAACAUAGUGUCAAACUGUAUUAUAGAGGAACCAAUCAGUUAUAACUAUUGGUGAAAAGACAUGACCCUUCAAAAUACAACUAUUCGUUUCAUUUGGACUUUUUAAAUAAAAUAGUUAUAAUUGUUUCCAUUCUUGUCUAUACAAGCAGUGGGGUUAUUGGUACCUUGUACAAAACGUAAAACGAAUGCUAGCUUGCACAAAACAAAAAGACAUGUUCUCUUGCUCUUUUAAUGUAUGUAAGGUUAAAAAACACGUGUAUCCAUAAAAAACUUCCGUAUUUGAUAAACAUAGACAGAGUUGUUUGGAUGUUUUAAGCCAACGUUUCUAAAUCCUUACUGUAAGUAUAAAGUGCAAUGCUUCAUGUCGUAAGAAAACGGAUGUUAUGUUUUGUUCCUCUCAGUUUCAAGAUCAUGAAAAGGUAUUUGUGUUCUUCUAGUGAUCGUCGUCUCGUUUUGUAUUCUAUAACCGCUAUUAGAUCGUGACUUUUAACCACUGAAACAUCAUCUUCUUUUAAUCCUCGAAUGAAACCAUAACCGUUUGGGAUUUUAUAAAAAGUAAUUAUUCUUCUUCUUUACCCACUUUUCUCACUAAUUCUUUACACGGAGACUUGUGAAAAGGAAAAUUUUUGUACAUGUCACUACUUCUUUAGCAGGAAUUGAUUUUAAAAUCGGUAACAUAAUAAAAACUAAUGUGUAAAUAAUAUUUAACAGGUGAUAUUGUGAAAAAAUUAUUAAUACAAUCUAUACUAUUAAAGCAGAAUUCUUCUUAUGAAUCUGCCCCUGAAUUUUCUUAUUAAUUACAAAACAUUCCAUUUCUUUUUUCAAUUGCUUUUAAUGGUUUUCAGAAAUUAAAAGCCCAACACAUUUGCUUCUGUCCAACUAAACAAAACAGCCCAAUAAUUUAAAAACUUAAAAUCAAAGAAGCCCAACAAUAUUUUCUUUUAAAAACAAUUAUAAGUUAAUUUAAAUACAUAAUAAUUAUUUAAUAUUUGUGUAAUUAUAAUUUAAUAUUUAUGCAUUAUUUAAAAAUAUGUAGAAUGAAAAACGUAAUGUCUAUUACAUUUUUCAUAUAAUAUUUAAUUAAUAAGUUAAAAUUAUAAAUAAAUAACCUUAGCAAAUAUAUAAUCACAAUAUGAUUAAAUUUAUUGAGUAGAAGUUUGCACAAAUUAAUUAGUACACAAAUUUAUUAUUAUAUAAUAAAAAAUAAAGAAGACAAAAUUAUAAAAAUUACUAUAAACAAAUAUAAAAUCUAUUAAAAUAUAGAUUAGACAAAUAUUUAUUAAUUUAAAUGAAAUUUUAAAAAGAAAUGAUUCCGAUUUAAAAAGAAAUGAUUCCGCGCUUUGAAAGUGCGGGUCAAAAUCUAGUGUAUGUUUAAAUUAAAAAUUCUUUUACAUCCAUGUAUAAGAAUCAACUUUCAUUCUUUUGUUUCUUGUUGGUCGAUCAGUACUUGAGUUAACUUUUUGUUUCCCAGAUUUCACUAAAUUAGUUUUCUUUGUUUUAUUUUCCUUUGCUUUCAAAUAACUUCUAGCAUAGUUUUUACUUGAUCCUUCAUUCUUCUGUCCACUCUUCAUCUUUCUCACAUUCUCAUUUGAAUCCUUCUCUUUUUACAGUUAUAAUUAAUAUGACUGUCACUCUUAUUUAUAUUUUCCUAUAUAUACAAAAAUGGUAAAUUUUAAGGUCUCAAAAACAAAAAUUUAAUAAUUAAUCAAUAAUCAAUAAUCUUAAUAAUAAAAAUAUUUUACAAUACACUGUUGGUAGCAGAGUCUUUUCUAUGAGUCUCAAUGAUUGUUAUACCAGAAGAAGUGGAUCUAAAAUUAUAUGAAUUUAUUCUUAUAGUAAAAAUAAAUUCUUCACCAACAAGAUUUUCAUUUAGAAAAGACACUAUAGCAUUCUCUUCCGUUUCAACGUUAUUGAUGGUUUCAUAUAUAUUAAAUUGAUUCAUUAACUUAAAAUUGUUAAAAUUAUAAAUUGAUUUUUCGAACAUCAAAUAACUUACAAUAUGAUCUAUUAAUUCCACUGGUGAUUUAUUUAGAAUCUUGGUUAAAUCUUUGUUGAACAUUACAAAAGAGACUGUAUCUGAACCAUCAUCAACAAUUAACUCUACCCGAUACCUUUUCAAUAAUAUAACUUUUAUAUAUUAAAAAAAUAAAAAAAUAAGCAAUAUGGAUGUUUAAAAUAUAUUUAUAAAUGUGAACCAGUAAUAUCUUGAUGAGGACAGGUUUCACAAACAAGUGUGUUUCCAUCUUUCUUUAGUUUCUUUUUGCACUUAUCACAUGAAAUGUAAUUCCAGCCACUUCUAGAACAUACUUCAAUAAUUUUGGCAUGACACCUAAAAACCUUAUCCUAUAAUUUAAAUAAUUUGUGAAAUUGUUGUUGGCAAAAAUGUAAAGACAAGUAGUAUUUUUGUGAAAGGUAAAAAUUAAUUACUAUAUAUAUAAAUACCUGCUCGAAUUCUUCUGAAAGAAUAUCAAGAAGUUUGGAGAUUGUGAUAAAUGAAUGUUGACUUAAAUUAACAGAACCUUUUCCAUUAAGAAUAUUGCCUUCUAUUUUCGGGAGUGUUCUUUUAAAAUUUGAAUACAUGUAUUAGUUCUAGAAAAAACAAUUAGGUGGUGUUAUUCAAUCAUGUAUUUUAAUAGAGUUUAAAUCUAAACACAAUCCACUAUUAUUCAAAUGAUGAUUCUAAAUUCUAUUUUAAAAUCUAGUGUUAUUCAGAGAAUGAUUUAAAUCCAACUUUUAAAAUCUAGUGUUAUUCAACUUUCAAGGAUUUUAAAGUUCCUUGUAUUUUAAAUUGAUUUCAAAUCAUCUAUUAUGGAUUCUUAUAAACAAAUGAAUCAAAAUCUGAUGUCUACUGCCGAGAUUUUAGAAUCCAUCAACUUAAAACUUUAAAAUUUGAUAGAUUAUAAAACAUUAAUAACUGAUUUGAAAUCAGUGAUUGAAUAACACCCCCUUAAUUAAUCUGUAUUUGUUUGAUAAUUUAUAAAUUUACCUUUGCUUGAAAUCAUUAAUUGCAUUUAUUGGGUCAUCAAAUAGAAUUUUUGAAGCAGACGUUGUAUUCAAAUAUAAAUACCCUGCAUUGUAAUUUACUGGAUAGAUUAUGCGUAUUUCAAAUAUGCAGAUGUUAUUAGUCAUUGUUGUUGCGUAGAAAAUCUAUAUAUAUAUAUAUAAAAAUAUGUUCGCCUCACUCCUGUUUUGUCACGUCAUAAAGUCAGUUCCUGAAAGGCCGACAUGUGUCCGGGUUAGAUGAUACUCACUGUUUCACUUAAUCACAAUUAUUAAUGGGCUUUUCUCUUUUUUGUUAAUAAAUAUUUCAGAUAGUGUUUUGGGCUUAACAUAAUUGGGUUUCUAGGCAGUAUACCACACAUGAGGAGGUCCCACAUGAGACGGCUUCUUCUCCAAAAAUAAUGUCGACGAACGAAAGACAGAUCUGCUGCGUUUUAAUAACUCCGGUUCAAACCUACGGCCAAUGAAGAUUUGCUACACCGACCACGCUGAAUUCCGAUCAAGGUCAGUUGGAAGGUGUCGUAUUUGGCUGUUCGAUUCCACUUCUUCUACCCUUGGUUGAAUUUUGGAACCGUUAUGGAAGUCGGUUGGAUUUAUGUAUCCUCAUUGACUAUCACAUUAAAUCAUUCAAUGAACCCCCUCAUUAAAAUAUUUUAACUCAAAUAUAAUUAAUCUUAACAUAAAUAAUCCUUCGACACCCUAAAAUUCUCAAAACCCAUAAACAUUAUUAUAUAUUCUCUUAACAAAAUUUUACAAAACAUACAUACAAAGGGAAUAUACAAUUACAUCACAAAAAAAAAGCAUGAAUUACUUUAAGAAUAACUUCAAGUUUUGAGUCAUAUUCGCAAAAAAAAAAACCUUAAAUAAGUUAGUUUAAUUAAGAAUAUUAUUGAACAAAAUAUUUGAAUUAAAAUAAAUAUUAAAAAUAUAAUGUUAUUUAUCAGAAAUAGUGAAAUUUACUGUCAUUAUAAUUCAAAACAAAAAAAAUAAUUAUAAUGAUCUCAUAAGUCUUUCAUUAUUUUUUCGUUUAUAAUAUUUUUUAAUCUAUCAUAAUUUUAAAUUUUGCGGAAAUCAUAAUAUAAAUUUUAAGAGAUUUGAAAAAAUGUCUCAUAUUGCAUCGAUUGGUGAUGUUCUAACCUAAAUUGAUCUUUACAGAAAAUUAUUCCAUAAUGCAUUGAUUGGUGAGUAAUUGAACUUUACACAAAAUUAUUUGGUAUAACAUUAUAAAUAAAUGAUAGAAAAUUAAUUUAAUGGUAUAUAUAUAUAUGAUAGACGGGAAAUAACAACUAAAAGAAUUAUGGUAAAUUUCUCAAAUUACUCUCUUAAGAUUUAAUAACUCACAAAGAGGAGCAUGACUAAAACAUGUUUCAUUAAAGAAGUAAAAGACCAUUCUAUCUUUGUUUUAUAGAUUUAAAUAUAAUAAUUAUUUAAAUAAAAAUACAAUAAUACUUUUUAUUUUUAAAUAAUACAGCAUUGAAUUCGAAAUUUUUUAUUUUUUAAGAUUUUUCAAUAUUUUAACUUGAAAUCCCAAAUUAUUACUGAAACUAAAAAAAUUUAUGUUGAAAUUGUGUAGUUUGUUUUAAAGAAAAAUCAUGUACACACCCCUCUAAUUAAACCAUAACUCUAUAUUAGUUAACCAUAGAAGUAUAAAUGUCUAUUUAUCUUUUAAUGAAAUCUCUUUUUGUCUUUUUGACCUUUGAAUGCUAUAUUUGUAACAAAAAAAAUUUAGGUCAUCCUAAAAAACUUCUCAAACAAAUAUUUGUAAUGAGCUAAUCAAAAGCCACAAACAUAUUUUAAUUUUUACUUUAAUAGUAUAUGAUGAUUUGUUUCAGUGGUACACACCAAAAGCCACAAAGUUUCAUUAAUUAUUUUCUUUAUUUAGUAAAUACAAAUCUUGUAUGUUUUGACAAACGUUUUGACAUAACUUUAUUUUAAUUUAUUUUGAUAUCAAUUUUACAAAACAUUUAGAGUAGACAUCAAAGUAACUCUUAAGAUAAUUUUUAAUUUUAUUUUUACUGAAUUUUAAUUUUUAUUUAUAAAUAUGAUUUCUUUAUUUUUUUAACAAAUUAAACACAAUGUAAUCAUUUAGUUAGUUAAACGUUUUAUGAUGUUUAUCAGAAAUUAUCAUAUGAAGUACACUCUAAGAGAAUGCUAAAAUUGGCUUAAAUCGUAGAGAUUUUCUUGCGCUACACCCAACUGCUGACUUAUAUAUUUUAAUUUGUUGCAAAUGUGUUAUGUAUGUUUUUUAUUUUCUGUUCCUCUUUUCUACAACAUUAACUUAAUAAGUCAUUUUUUCCGUAAGUGUUCUUACAUGUAAAUGUUAAUUACUUUAUCAAUAUUGAGGUUUGAGAGUAUAAUGUUAUUAUAUAAGAGUGGUGAUUGUAUAUUAUGAAUCUCAAAAGGUGUAUUAAAGGAGAACAUGGAAAAUAAGGAGAUGAAGAUAUAUAAGAUGUAUAGUGAGUUGACCCAAAAAAAAAGAUAUAUAGUGAAACGCCUGACGUUCUGAUUUUCUUUUAGCCAGUGAAGUGGAGAUCGAAGGAAGGAGAAGCAUCGUAUACGUCGGUUAUGGUUUAAUAAAUUAAUAAUCAAAGUUUGUAUCUUUUUUUUUUGCAAAGGAAUAUGACAUGGUAAUUUGAAAAUAUAUGGUUGGCUGAUUUUCUUUGCUGAUGUGGACAGCUUCUCCUUUCAAGUUAUUCUCCUUAUAGUAUAGUAUAUAUAGAUAACUAUUUUUGAAUUCAUAUCAAUGUUUUCUAAAUUCAACAUUCCUCCUUCUUCUAUGACACCUAUUACAUCUGUAAUACAAUAAACCAUUAACUAUACAUAAAUUGUUAAUAUAUGUCUCUAUUUUGUUAUUUAUGUAUAAGAACCAACCGCUAAAUUGUUUAUUUGAAUUGGCUAUCAAUCGAAAUUGGUCAUAGUUGAAAAAUUCAAAUUUCUCAUAUUCAAUUGAAACUUCGGCAUCAUUAAUAAUCUCAAUUGUUGACUGAUCAUUAAUACGCAAUUGAAACCGAUGGUUUGAAAUUUUAUAAUUUUCGGUUGUUUUCCAAACUUCAAAAUCAGUGAUUAAUAAAAUGUUUCCCUCAACAAAAUAUUCUUCAAAUUGUUGAAUAUAUUUAUUAUUUAUAGAACCAACAAUUGUUUCAUUCUACAACCAAAAACAAAUAAUAUCAAAUUGUGAUUGGUUUAACAAUAGCAACAAUAUCAGCAAAAUCACGGCAAUAACAUGAAUGGAUAUAAACAAAUUUGUAUGUGUGGAAAACAAACCUUUUCAUCUAGUAUAAGAAAGUUAAGACUAAUGAUUUCAUUAUUUCGUUUUGGAUUUUUAGCUAUCCAAACACGUAAAACUCUUCCUAAUAUUUUUUUGUUUAUAACGCUUCAUUUGAUUGUCUUUUAAAAAUCUGUAUCCAUGUAACUGCUUAGAACUUUUUUUCCACCAUUUUAUUAUUAGUAGAUUAGUGAAAAUUUAAAUUUGAAAAAUGCAUGGGAGAGACUAUUUAUAGAUUUUUUUAAAUCUAUUUAAAUAGUCACAACCCUUCAAUCUGAAUAGUCACAUUCUUCUAAUACUGACAACUUCUCACUUCUUAAAAGAUACUUAUGAAUAGUCACAACUUUUAACAAUUUUUAGAAGGACACAACCUUACAACAUAGAACUUUUAAAAAAGACACAACCCUCUACACAUCUUUUUCAAAAGACACAACCUUUCAACAUAAGUGGAGUUCACAACCUUAGGAAUUAAUUGGAAAAUACACAACCUUAGGAAUUAAUUGGAAAAGACACAACCUUACAACAUAUAACUUUUAGAAAAGACACAACCCUUUACACUUCUUUUUCAAAAGACACAACCUUUCAACAUAAGUGGAUUCACAACCUUUAGAAUUAAUUGGGAUUGCUAUUAUUAGUAGAUUAGAAAAAUGAGAACAACAUAUACAUUGACAUAUACAAUUGAUAUAUUAUCGGUUAUCGAGGUGUUUGAGUCAAUACUCAAAGAUAAAAAGAACAUAAUGAUCAUUGCAGGAUACAUUAUUUAUAAAUUGUUUGCAUAGAUUUUACAGUGAUUAAGAGUUAAAUAUUAUGCUAGAUUACCCAAAAAAGAAAUCGAAUAGACAAUUUCCUUUUGAAGCAAAAGCAACUAAGCUUUGGACGUCUUAAGAGGCUCAUUAAACUCUUCUGAUAAUGAUAAAAAGAGGAGAACCUUUUUGUUUGACAAUUAUUGUGUUUUUUAAUUUCAUUAUUUUUGUAAUAGAUAUUUUCAUUAAAUAAUUUUAAAGAAUCUAAUAGAAUAUGAUGUCAAUAACAAUGACAUAAAAUACUAAAAUGUAUAACAAUUUUUUGAAAAACAAGAAAGAAAGAAAAAAAGAGAAAGAAAGAUUAACAGAAUUGAAAAACUAAAAAUGCAACUUAAAAAUACUAAAAUGAAAUUUGUCCUACCGUAACGCUUAGUGGGAUCAUUCACAACAAAUUCAUAACAUCCAGCUGGGUUCGGAGCACCUUGGCACCUAACAGUUUCUCUCUUGACUUUGUAGUAUGUGCUACCGUAGGAUUCGAUACCGUGUGGUUUUUUGGGACCAUAAGCAAUAAACUCCCCCCACUUGAUAUCUUGAGUUGUAAUGCUUCAGUGCCAAGUUACUACAACUUGUAACCCUCAUGGGAUCGUAGUUGGGAGGGAGUUUCGUGUUCCCAAACAACGGUAAUUCCAAUGGGACUUUGGUCGAGGUGGAAUCUGCCGCUUUGUUUUUACCUUUCUGCUUUGAACUCAUAAUGAAUUCAGAGAAAAAAACGAGUUUUUUGUUUCGUUUUAAGAAAUUAUAUAUAUUGUAAAUUUUAUAAGGAAGAGAGGGGAAUUUUGAUGGCUUCAGGUCUUUUAGGAUCUAAAUGGUUUAGUGAACAGGUUUUGUGCAGUUUUGACUGGUGUAUAUGAUCUUAGGGAUGUGAAUCAGGGUUUCAGUAUUGACAUUAAAUGAAAGAAGAAUGACUUUAACUGACUUCAGACAAAGGUUUUUGCGAGAGUGGUGGAGGUAUAAUAGUUUAAAAGUCAUUUACAUAUAAAAGUAGCAUUAGUGUUAGUUUAUUCAAGGCGGAUUCUAAGAAAAUUUCAUUUAAAAAAUUAGGAAAAAGUUGAGCAAAAACAUAUGAAAAUUUUGAAGAAAAGGUGAAAACCUUUGACAAAAAAUGUUAAAGAUAGUCUUCUCUCCACUUGUCAUAUUCAUGGUGGCUAAUUGUGUUUUUAAUAUCUAAAUUUAAUCACAUAACUAAAAGUAUGUGAGAAUAGUUGAGGGAGCUGAACCAAGACUAUAGCAAUGACGAUAAAAAUUAUCAAUUUAGUGUUUUUUCAAUUGAAUUUUCAGUUUUCUCAAUUGUCUUUUUUUCUCCUUUUAAUUAGAAAAAUGAGAACAACAUAUACAACCGACAUAUUAUCAAUUAUCGAGGUGUUUGAGUCACUACUCUAAGAUAAGGACAUAUUGAUCAUUGCAGGAGAUGAUGAUUAACUAAAUUGUUUGCAUAGUACAGUGAUUAAGAAUUAAAUAUUAUGCUAGAUUACCCAAAAAAUCGAAUAGACAAUUUUCUUUUAAGCAAGAGUAACUUGGCUUUGAACCUCUUAAGAGCCCCCAUGAAACUCUUCUGAUAAUAAUAGAAGGAGGACAACCUUUUGUUAUUUAUGUUUUGACAAUUAUUGUGUUUUUUUCAUUUCAUUAUUUCUGUAAUCGAUAACUUCUUUUAAUAAUUUUAAAGAAUCUAAUAGAAUAAGAUGUCGAGAACAGUUACAUUUUGAAAUACAAAUGACAACAACAAUUACAUAUUAAUUUUAAUGUUUUCAAAAUAUGUGUAUGUGUAUGUGUUAAAUAUUUAUAAACGUAUUAUAUUAGUGUGUUUUGUCAUUUAAUUUUUUAUGUCAUCAAUAAUUUUAGUUAAUAAUUUUAUGGAAUCUUAUAGAAAAAUAUAAUUUUAAGGAAUCUUAUAGAAAAAGAUGUUGACAACAAUUACAUGUUGAAGUCAACAAUAACCAUUACAUGUUAAUUUUAAUGUUUUCAAAAUGUGUGUUUGUGAGAAAUAAGUAUUUAUUAAUUUAUUUUGUUCUUUUAUUAUUUGUGUAAUUAAAAUUUUUAGUUAAUAAUUUUAAGAAAAUAUAAUAGAAUAAGAUGAAUAAGAUGUAAUUUUAGAGAAUCUAAUAGAAUAAGAUGUCGACAGCAAUUACAUGUUAAAGUACAAAACGCCAACAACAAUUACAUGUUAUUUUUAAUGUUUUUGAAAUGUGUGUUUGUGUGAAAUAUUUUUAAAGCUAUUUUAUUAGUUUGUUUUAUUAUUUCAGUAUUUGUGUCAUAAAUAGUUCAGUUAAUAAAAAAAAUCUAAUAGAUUAAUAUGUUGAUAACAUUUACAUGUUGAAGUACAAAAGAAAAAUAAUAAUUAUGUGUUAAUUUUAAAGUUUUUGAAUGUGUGUCUGUGGGAAAUAUUUCUAAUAUAAAAAUAUAAGUUGCCCAGAAGACUUCAAUAUUUUUAGAGGGAUACUAAAAUAUUUUUAGCGGAAGUUAGAAGACUUCCCAGACGACUUACAUGUUAGUCGUCUAGACCUUAAACAUAACCCCUAAACUAAAUUAACUAACUUAACACUUCAUAAAAUCAAAUUAAACUUAAAAAUGUUUACUAUAUACAUAAAUAAUCACAUGUAAAAAACAUUUAAGCUUUCCAAAAUUUAACCCUAAGAAUACAUACAAUACUACAACAUAUGUUGUCAAAUCCUAGACCAAAGAAUAUCAUGAUUCACUACUUUCACUCAUCUAUGUUGAAAACAAUUCAAUUUUAUUAUAUCUUAAUUUAUAUCACUUAAAACUGUUUAUAAUUACAUGAUUUUAAUUUUUCGCUUAUCAAAAUAUUUUUUACAAAAUUUAUAAAUUAUUUUUAAGAUCAACUAUACCAGACGACUUCCGUGGACGUCGUCCAGAAGACUUAACAGAAUCUCAGAAGACUUAGUGGGGAUAUAUCCGUAAAAAUGAAUUCUGUUUUUUACUUGUAAGCUAGGCUUAAUUAACAGCUUAUAUUUUGGACCAUAAUGUUAAUGUAUUUAUAAUGCACGACAAAAUCAAUUAAUAUAUCCCAAUGUUAAUAAAUAUGAAAUUAAUAAAUAAGAAAGUGAUUUGGGUGGGUGUAUAUUUUUAUCAAAUUAAAUUUCAGAUACAAAAUUUAUGUAUACUUUACUUUACAAUUAUGUAAUAUGGAAAAAUGUAUUUAUAUAUAUAUAUAUUAUUUAAUUUCUAUAAAUAAUUAAUUCUAUGAAAAAUAUACAUCCGCGCAGGCGCACGGAUCAAAAACUAGUCUUCUUUUUAAAAAGCCUUACUUCAAAGAAGAAAAAAAGUUAAAACAAAAGUUAACCUAUAGACUUCUCAGAGUAAUUUUACUCACUUAACUAUUAUCCCACCCAGAUAUUCACAAUUGUUUUUUUAAUUAAAUCAAUUUCCAAAUUAAAAACCUUCUAAUAGUUAUUUCCCUGUUUUAUCAAAAGUAUCAUUUUGAUACUUUCACACAUAUUAAAAAUAAAAGAAAUUUUCUAAAAUAGCACUUUUAAUUUUUUGUAACAAAAAUAGCUCCCAAUAAAGAAAAUGACCUAAAAUUAUAUUAAAAAGCAAAAAUAUAUUUAUACCCUAAGAUUAACUAAUCUAGACUUAUGGUUUAGAGCUAAGAUGUGAAAAUUUGAGGAUAGAGUUUCAAAUUAAAAAAAAAUACAUAUUAAAAUUUUCAAAAUAAAAGUAGCUAUUUUGGUGAUUUUUCUUUAUUGAAGUCUAUUUUGUGACAAAAACUUAAAAAUUACUAUUUGAGAGAAUUGCCGUAAAAGUAAUAUAAAUGCAUUUGUGUUUUAUAUUAAUUAUAUCUAUUUAACUAAUAAUAUUUGAGAUAAAUAAAUUAUUUUUAAAAUUAAUACAUUAAGUUAAAAUAAAUAUAAAUUGAAAUGGUACUUUGAAGAUGAUAACUUUUAAGAAAGAAAGAGAUAAAUUAUUUAGGAUCUGGGACAAAUGCUUUCUUUUUGACAACACCUUAAGCAAUGCACGGUCCUGACGAGGAGCAAAAAGAUGAACGAGGGUGAGAUAUCUAUUAGUGCAAGAUGACACUACAAUAGUACUGCAGAAGAUAAUUCAAGAGACAAAAAAAUACAAGUAAACACUCUGCUUUAUUAGAAUUUCUUUAAACAAUCUAUUACAAGAUCUUGUUUAUUCAGCUUUACUCGUCUAGUGUUAACACCCUAACACACGACACUGAAGGAUUCCUAAGCUACCUACUUAUGUUUCUUUCCCGUCAAGUACUUCAGUCACUGCUUCAGUACGAUCCCAGAACACUUCCAAGAGCUUAUCUCUCUCUAUAAGAUCAUCCUUUGUGUCUCUGUCUCUAUACAGAUGACCCCAUAACUAUCUUAUAAUUAUUCUCUAUGUAUCUGAAACCCUAGUCUCCAAGGCAACAUUAUGGACAUCUUCCAUAACAAUAAGUGCAACUUUCCUUUUCUUGGAACGCAUUUAUUCUUCUUUCUUUAAGUCAUAAACUUGCUACUCAAGUUUAUUCCUCUUUCCUUAUCUCCAAGAUAUUCUCUUGAUUUCCAAGUGUACACGACUCCAGCUCAGCACCUUGACUCUACAUGGUCUUCACCACUCACUACGACGUCUGCUUCAGCAACUACGUCAGUGACUACUUCAGGGAGGAUAUCUUACAUCUUCAAUCUCCCCCUUUUAGCUUUAUGUGCCGAUCAAGCACAAUAUUCUUCUCCUUCAGCAACCACGUUCCCCACCUGGAAACUUCAACACCAAAUGUGCUUUUCUCCCGCACGCGAUGUGCACCACACAUGCUUUUCUCCCCCAUGAGAUAUGCAUUCUCUAUACCAGAACAUCACCAUUCUCCCCUUGCUUGAUUGCAUAUUAAGAUAAAACAUAUGCUUAGAUGUCAAGCCUUACAGAUUUAGCCGUCCGGUUCUCCAUGUAUAAUCAUGACACAGUCCCUGCUGCAGCGGAAUAACAAGUACUGCAUCACGACCUGACGCACCUGUCAAGCUACCCUUCGACCAGCUUCUGUUGAGGACCUGGCUUCCUUCAUGUGUCGUCUUCUUGACCAUGAUCCCUUCCCCAUCCACACCGAGUGCCCUCUGCACUCGUUGCAAUUGUCUUGGAGUGAUUUCACUAUCACACUCCUGAAGAUCACCUCGCAUCACUUCCUGACGCAUUUCGAUCUUAUUUCCCUUUGUGUCACAAACAACCUCGUGUCCUGGCUCCAGACUUUAUGCUUCUUGAUCAACCUCAAGAUCACUCUUAACAGAGCUGUACCCUUCUCAUGACGUCUCUUCGUUGACCUCAUCAAGUAAGCCACUCUUGGCUAAGAGAACUUCUUCAACUCUUUUGGGUUUAGUGAACGUCUUGUUCACCUUCUUGGCCAUGUUUUUGCUCUUCUCAUGAGCAAAACACUCCACCUUCUUGUGUUCAAUCUUCCCACAGAACCAACAUCACAUCCGAUGUUGCUUCUUACUUGGUCUGACACAGUUGCUGAUACACUUAUCUCUCUCCUUCCUUGUACCAGGUGUACAACCAUGCUUCAGAACCUCAUGUCUGACCUUCAUGUUGUUGCACUGAUGUACUACUUUCGGCUUGUAACUCACAGCUGCACGCUGUAGAACUUCAUGUCUUACUCCUUGUCGUACGUCCCGACGUACUUCCUGACAAGCUUCUUUGGCUCCACUUUUUGAUGUGCUCCCAUGCACAAAAUGUGAUAGCCCCUUCUGUUGUACUUCCUUAGUACUCUCAGCUCCUCGAUAUCCCAGUCCCCAGUUCACCUUGGCCGGUUUUUCCAUCGAGAGUAUCUUAUCCAAGUUCUUGGAUCAACUGUUGAGCAUCUUGAUCUGUUGCAAUUCUCGGCCAAAUCACGUUCCAGCAUCUUUACUCUCUCUUGUUCACCAGUACCAACUUUUCUCAGCUUGCUAAUCUCUUUCUCGAUAGACUCAUUCUUUUCAUGACAACAGCAAGUUCUUCAGCAAGAUCAUCAUGAUGCUCUCGUCCCUGCACCAAUUCGUGUUGCAACUUCAGAUUCUCAUUCUUGAGAUUCAACCAUUAUUUAGCAGUAUGUGAUACUCCUCCUCAUCUGUAGCAUCUGAAUCCGAAGAUUCACUGGAUUCCUCCUUGCGUGCACCAAAUGCAACAAGGUUCUUCACCACCUUUCCAUCUUCUUCAGACUCUGGAUCAUCAGACGACUGCAAUGGAACUUUUUUUCCCUUCUUUGAGUUUGGAUAUUCAUGCUGUGUGUGUCCAACACCUCUGUACUCAGAACACUUAAGUUCUCUUUGUUGUGCUACAUGACAGUCAACCCUUAUAGGACCAACGCCUCCACACUCAUAGCAUAUGAGACUUUCUCUCCUUCUAUCAUUGCCACGAUCACCUCCAUGGCGACCAUACUGAUUUCUUCCACCCGAGGGAUUCAUAUACUUACCCAGAUUCCUCGCCAACGUACCCAUGGCAUCUUCAAUAGUCAGAGAUCUAUCACCAUCUCUGUCAGCUACAAGCGCCACACUCUUUGGUGCAUUGCUUGAUGUAGAGACUGAACUACUGUUUGUCUCCAUCUCUUCUGCCUUCAGCAUACCCAUAAGCUUGUCAAACUUGAGCUCAUCCGUGUUUGUAGUCAUCUGCAAGAUCGCCUUGUGAGCUACAAAAUUCGUUGGAAGACAGCGUAGUAACUUCUUUACCAGCUUCUUCUCCUUGUACUUAUUCCCAAGUACAAAUGCUUUAUGCACCAUACAACUGAGUUUGGCACUGAAGCUCGCCACAGAAUCAUUAUCAGACCACCUGAGAUUCUCAAACUGCGACCCAAAAUGAUCAAGACGUGUCCUCUUGACACUCUAAUCUCCUUCAAAUGAAUUCAUCAGGAUCUCCCACGCCUCUUUAGCUGAAGUACUCCCCUGAAUCAGCUGGAACUGUUCUGCUUCAACCGCUCCAAAAAUCACCGACAACGCCUUUUCUUAAACUUAGAUGCAUUGCGUUCUGCCUCUGACCAAUCCUCUUUUGGCUUUGGCUUCUUCUCACCUCAUGUGACUAUGGUAGGCUCUUCCCAACCAAUCUCCACAGCUGUCCACGCAUCUUCAUUGAUUCCUCGAAUCAUUUGCUUCAUGCGAGCCUUCCAAUGACCAUAUUGGUCCGCAUUCAACACAAUCUCCUUCUGCAUAGAAAUAAUCGUGUCUAUCUUCACCUUCAGGAUAACACCGAUAACUUAAGUGCCCCGCUUUGAUACCACUUGUUACUGCAAGAUGACACUAUAAUAGUAUUGCAGAAGAUAACUCAAGAGACAAAAUAAUACAAGCAAACACUCUGCUUUAUUAGAAUCUCCUUUAAACAAUCUAUUACAAGACCUUGUUUAUUCAGCUUUACUCGUCUAGUGUUAACACCCUAACACCCAACACUGAAGGAUUCCUAAGCUACCCGCUUAUGUUUCUAUCCCGUCAAGUACUUCAGCCACUGCUUCAGUACGACCCCAAAACACUUACAAGAGCUUAUCUCUCUCUAUAAGAUCAGCCGCUGUGUCUCUGUCUCUAUACAGACGACCCCAUGGCUAUCUUAUAGUUAUUCUCCAUGUUCCCGAAACCCUAGUCUUCAAGACAACAUGUAUGGAUAUCUUCAAUAACAAUAAGUGCAACUUUUCUUUUCUUGGAAUGCAUUUAUUUCUCUUUCUUUAAGUCAUAAACUUGUUCCUCAAGUUUAUUCAUCUUUCCUUAUCUCCAAGAUAUUCUCUUGUUCUCCAAGUCUACACGACUCUAAUUCAAUACAUUGAUUCCACAUGGUCUUUACCACUCAACACAACGUCUGUUUCAGCAACUACAUCAGCGACUUCAGGACGGACAUCUUACAUCUUCAAUAUCUAACGGGCUUUUUCAUAGUGAUUCUUGAGUGACUUGAAUCUAAGGAAAACACGUUAUGGGUAUAAGGGUAUUUAUUUGUUAAUUUCUACAAGGAACAACAAAAUAAAAAUGUACUCUUUGCUUGAACUAUAGUGACGCUAUGAAAUCUUUUAUGUAUAUUCCUCUUAGUAGCAUGAGAAUCAUAAUUGAUUAGCAAACUUAACACGUUUCACUCUUUAUAGACACGAAAACAAUAAAGUCUUGAAGAAGAAAAAGAGAGGAAGAUAAUGUCAAAAAGAGAGGCCCGUAAUUAAGUCACGAAAAGUAGAACUAGGCCCGAGUAUAGUAAUAGGCUAAUAGCCUUUGUUUUUCACACUAGGAGAACAAAAUGUGUAGACAAAGAUGUAUUCUUCUUCUUCUUCGUUUGCACUUAUCAUAUGCGCCUCUGUCUUUGCUCUUCACUUCAGUUUCAAAUUUCUCUUGUGCAGGAUUAAGUAAAAGACGAAACUUCAACACCUUCUUUUGAUAUAAAACUUGAGCUUUGAGUCAUUGUAGGGCUUUGAGUCAUUGUAGGGUUUUCUAAGAAACGGUGAAUGAUGUACUUGUUUAAUACUUGAAAUGAACGAUCACUAAAUUUCAACAUCUUGUGCAUCAUAGUUUUUUUUACCAUAAAAGCAUAUCAGGAUUCAGGGGCACAACCACCAUUGAGUCACAUGCUGAUGCUGCUGUCGUUGGACAUCUUGUUUCCAUGAGUUGUCGGUGGCUUUAGUCUUUAUCAUAUUCAUCUUUUAGCUAGGUUCCAUGAUUUUUUUUCAUUUAUGUGAAUAAUCUUUCUCGUGUUGCCAAUUAAAGCAAACAAAAAUAGAUUUCAUAAACACCUUCCCACCGAUACUUUAUAAAAUAUACUCACAACUCCGAAGCUAUUUUUUACAUUUAUAAUUAAAAAAAUUAAUGUCUGCUGAUAUAAAUACCAUACGAAAUUGUUUGCUUCAGACUCAAGUCACCCAAGAGUCACUAUGAAUAACAAUAAGACAGCAAUCCCAUUCUUAUUAAUCUCUUUGUUCCUUCUAGUCUCGGCUGCUGCGGUAACAACCGGGGCAGAAGUAAAACACGUCAAAGACGCAAACGGAAACCCCAUUCAAAGACAGACCCUGUACUUCAUCCAACCAGCUUCAGGCAAGAAAGAAGGCGGUCUUGUCCCAACAAGCAUUGACUUAGCCCAUUUGUGUCAACUAGGUAUUGUCCAAACAGUCCUUCCAUUUCAACCAGGCCUACCUAUUACUUUCUCUACUCCAUUCUUCGACAGAGGCAAUGAUAUAUGGAUAAACACGAACCUAACAAUCGCUUUUGAGUCACUGAUCUGGCCAUGCCCUUCCUCAAAGAUAUGGAAAGUUGAAUCCUCGUCGUCGUGUACCAACAAGCGUUAUGUAACGACUGGUGGUAGCUCUAGCAGGAAAGAUAGCUUUUUUAGGAUUCAGAAAUAUGGAAACGAACAAAAUACUUACAAGCUCGUUCAUUACCAGAGCUACUCGGCUAUAAACGGUAUUAAGAGUGUUGGUACCACCACCAGCUUUUACGGUGACCCCAUACUUGUUCUUAACGAUGAUGAUGACGAUACCGAUGCCUUUCCAGUUAAGUUCCGUAAGGUUGAGACAUCCACGGAUAAUUUAUUUCAGAAUUUUAGUCUAAGAAUGCUUCUGAAACUGGUGUUUAAUAAGUUGUAUUAUGGAAAAUAAUGGGUAGAAACAACAUAUCACUAAACCAACUAAAUGUAAUGAAAAGUUAAAUAUGUCUUUGUCAUUUAUGAAAUGUCCCUUUCUUAGAAACCAAA